CCCCGGAAGUAGCUGUCGGGAGCUGACAGCUGCUGGGAAGGUGGCGGCGGCGGCGGCGGGCCCGGAGCAAGAUGGCGCUGCGGCCGGGAACGGGAGCUGGCGGCGGCGGGGCCGCGGGAGCUGGCGCGGGGGCUGCCGGGGGCGGCAGCUUCAUGUUUCCAGUUGCAGGUGGAAUAAGACCCCCUCAAGCAGGUCUGAUGCCGAUGCAGCAACAAGGAUUUCCUAUGGUCUCCGUCAUGCAGCCUAAUGUGCAAGGCAUGAUAGGAAUGAAUUACAGCUCUCAAAUGUCCCAGGGACCUAUUGCUAUACAGGCAGGGAUACCAAUGGGACCAAUACCAGCAGGAGGAAUGCCUUACCUGGGACAAGCACCAUUCCUAGGAAUGCGUCCUCCAGGCCCACAGUACACUCCAGACAUGCAGAAGCAGUUUGCUGAGGAGCAGCAAAAACGAUUUGAACAGCAGCAAAAGCUCUUAGAAGAAGAAAGAAAAAGACGCCAGUUUGAAGAGCAGAAGCAAAAGCUCAGACUUCUGAGUAGUGUGAAACCCAAGACAGGAGAGAAGAGUAGAGAUGAUGCUUUGGAAGCCAUAAAAGGAAACUUAGAUGGGUUUUCCAGAGACGCUAAGAUGCAUCCUACUCCAGCAUCACACCCUAAGAAACCAGAUUAUCCCACAUCAUUUCAUUCUGCUAAAACUGUCUCCCCAUCACCCGCCUUUCUUGAUGAAGAAGAAUUCAGUGACUUUAUGCAGGGGCCUGGUGAAGCUCCCACUUGUGGGCCUUCUUCCACUUCCCAGCCUUUUCAGUCUUUCCGCCCCACCACCCCACUUGGCCAGUUGCAUGCUCAGAAGGCUGGAGCACAGUAUAUCCCUCCAGGUCAGAGUCCAGUGUCUGUUGCCUUACAUGGUGUCCCUGGGCAAAUUCCUUAUUUCUCUACUGCUUCAGCCUCAUACAAUGUGCAGAAAGCAGGCCCUUCCUUGGAGGAGAAGCUCCUAGUAUCUUGUGAUAUAAGUACAUCGGGGCAGGAACAAAUUAAAUUAAAUACUUCUGAAGUUGGGCACAAAGCCCUAGGCCCAGGUUCCAGUAAGAACCAUCCCAGUUUAACGGCCAAUAACGGGGGUGCUGUAGAUGGACGUGUAAGUGGUACCACUACCGCAGAGGCAGAAAAGACUUCAGACCAAAACCUGUCCAUUGAGGAGAGUGGUGUGGGAGUAUUUCCCUCACAGGAUCCUGUUCAGCCCAGAAUGCCUCCUUGGAUAUACAAUGAAAGUUUGGUUCCAGAUGCAUAUAAGAAAAUUUUAGAAACCACAAUGACUCCGACUGGAAUAGAUACUGCUAAACUUUAUCCCAUCCUGAUGUCAUCCGGACUUCCCAGGGAAACUCUUGGACAGAUAUGGGCCUUAGCUAAUCGAACCACACCUGGCAGACUUACUAAAGAAGAACUUUAUACUGUUCUCGCCAUGAUAGCAGUAACACAGAGGGGUGUUCCUGCCAUGAGUCCCGAUGCUUUAAAUCAGUUUCCAGCGGCUCCUGUUCCAACUUUAAGUGGCUUUCCUAUGACUUUGCCUACUGCUGUGAGUCAGCCAACUGGGAUGCCUUCAGGCCCUGCAGGCUCCAUGCCCCUCACCCUCGGACAGCCAGUCAUGGGCAUUAAUCUUGUUGGACCAGUCGGGGGAGCUGCAGCCCAGACUCCCAGUGGCUUCAUGUCAACUUACCCUGCAAAUCAGGUUGUCAAACCAGAAGAAGAUGACUUCCAGGAUUUUCAAGAUGCUUCCAAGUCAGGAUCCCUUGAUGAUUCAUUCAGUGAUUUCCAAGAGUUGCCUGCUUCUUCAAAAUCAAAUUCUCAGCACGGAAACAGUGCCCCUUCUUUGUUGAUGCCACUUCCUGGAACUAAAGGAUCAGCUUCAGUGGAUAAAUAUGCUGUGUUUAAAGGAAUUGCAGCUGACAAGUCCUCUGAAAAUACUGUUCCAUUUGGAGAGCCUGGUGAUAAAUACAGUGCUUUCAGAGAGCUUGAACAGACAGCAGAGAGUAAAUCUUUAGGAGAAAACUUUGCAGAAUUCAGAUCUGCGGGAAAUGAUGAUGGUUUCACCGAUUUUAAAACCGCCGAUAGUAUCUCACCACUAGAGCCACCAGCAAAAGACAAACCUUUUCCGGCAGCCUUCCCCUCAGGAGCUAUCCAACAGAAACCACAAACACAAGUGAAAAAUCCUCUGAACUUAGCAGACCUAGAUAUGUUUUCCUCAGUUACUUGCAGCAGCGAGAAACCAUUGUCCUUUUCAGCUGCAUUCAGUGCAUCAAAAUCUGUUUCCUCACGACCCCAGCUCGCGGGAUCUGUGGCACCCAUGACGACAUUGGCGUCAACUAAAACUUCUAGUUUGGCUGAUGAUUUUGGAGAAUUCAACCUUUUUGGGGAAUAUUCUAGUCCAGCAUCUGUUGGGGAGCAGGAUGACUUUGCAGAUUUUAUGGCUUUCAGUAAUAGUUCUAUUUCAUCUGAGCAAAAGGCAGAUGACAAAUAUGAGGCCCUUAAAGAGGAAAGUAGUCCGGUUCCUUUAAGCAGCAGCGUGAGCAGCACAGUGAAGAACGGACAGAACUCUGCCGCUGCGUCUACCAAAUACGAUGUCUUCAGACAGCUGUCUCUGGAAGGAUCGGGACUAGCUGUUGAAGAGCUGAAAGAUAACACUCCUUCAGGAAAAAGCGAUGAUGAUUUCGCUGACUUCCACUCCAGUAAAUUUUCUUCCAUGAGCUCGGACAAAUCCCUGGGAGAGAAAGCAGUGGCUUUCAGACACACCAAAGAAGACUCUGCUUCGGUGAAGUCCUUGGAUCUCCCUUCCAUUGGUGGCAGCAGUGCUGGCAAGGAGGACUCUGAAGAUGCACUCUCUGUUCAGUUUGACAUGAAACUGGCUGAUGUGGGAGGAGAUCUUAAGCAUGUCAUGUCUGAUAGCUCUUUGGAUUUACCAACAGUUAGUGGCCAGCAUCCUCCUGCUGCAGAUGUAGAGGACUUAAAAUGUGCUGCUUUUGGAACCUACAGUAGCAAUUUUGCAGUGAGCACACUUACGAGCUAUGACUGGUCAGACAGGGAUGAUGCCUCUCAGGGCAGAAAACUCUCUCCAUUUGUCCUCUCAGCAGGAAGCAGGGCCUCCUCAGCUGCUCUUCAAAAGAAAGAGACUUCGUUUGGCAGUACCGAAAACCUCACCAUGACACCUCUCUCCAAAGUCACAACCUUCACAAGCGAGGAUGCUCUUCCAGAGACGACCUUUCCGGCUUUUGCCAAUUUUAAAGAUGUGACCCCACAGGCCAGCGAGCAAAAGGAAUAUAAAAGCGAGGACUACAGGGAUUUCACCAGACAGGACCUGCCUGCGGCUGAACGGAGCCAAGAGGCCACGUGCCCAAGCCCAGCCCCCAGCAGCGCUUCUCACGACACCCCCAAAGAAUGUGCAGAUGACUUUGGAGAGUUUCAAAGUGAAAAGCCCAAAAUCAGCAAAUUUGACUUUUUAGUGGCCAAUUCACAAGGCAAAAUGAAAUCCAGUGAAGAAAUGAUCAAAAGUGAGCUGGCAACCUUUGACCUUUCCGUUCAAGGAUCGCACAAGAGGAGUCUGAGCCUUGGUGAUAAAGAAAUAAGCCGUUCUUCUCCUUCUCCGGCCCUGGAGCAGCCUUUCAGAGACCGCUCCAACACACUGAGCGAGAAGCCCGCCCUGCCCGUCAUCCGCGACAAGUACAAAGACCUGACAGGAGAGGUGGAGGAGAAUGAGAGAUAUGCAUAUGAAUGGCAGCGGUGCCUAGGGAGUGCCCUAGAGGUCAUUAAGAAGGCCAAUGAUACCUUAAAUGGAAUCAGUAGUAGUUCUGUGUGCACAGAAGUAAUUCAGUCAGCUCAAGGCAUGGAAUACUUAUUAGGUGUUGUUGAGGUGUACAGGGUAACCAAACGUGUGGAGCUGGGGAUAAAAGCCACUGCAGUGUGCAGUGAGAAACUCCAGCAGUUGCUGAAGGACAUCGAUAAAGUAUGGAAUAACCUAAUUGGCUUCAUGUCACUCGCCACACUCACGCAAACACCCAUCAGGACUCAGCCACCGUGUUUGGAAGUUCUCAGAAGCAUUCUCUGCCACCACGCUCCUUUCCCCCUGAGUUGGCCUGAUGAAAAUUCACUGGAUUUUUCCUCUUGUAUGCUACGGCCCGGGAUUAAAAACGCUCAGGAGCUUGCUUGUGGGGUGUGCCUUUUAAACGUGGACUCCAGGAGCCGGAAAGAAGAGAAGCCUGCAGAAGAACAUCCUAAAAAAGCGUUCAACUCGGAAACGGACAGCUUCAAGCUGGCGUAUGGAGGACACCAGUAUCAUGCCAGCUGUGCCAAUUUCUGGAUCAACUGUGUCGAACCAAAGCCUCCCGGCCUCAUCCUGCCUGAUUUGCUCUGAAAUUUCCUGAAAGCUCCUGUGGGAAGUACUGCCUGAGUUUGUUUAUUUUCCAUCACACCCCUUGGGGUGACAGGGACCGAUAAACAGAAUGCGAAUGCUGCAGAGCUCCCCCCACCGCCAUCAAUCUACGUGAAGAAAUCCUCAGGAGGUGGCGGGGGAGGAAGUGCUGCGGAAGUUCCCAGUCUUUCCCACCAACGACCUUUGCCCCCAGGUUCCCACAGCCAGUCUUUGGUAUUCGAGCUAAAACUGCUCUACCCAAACUGCACUGGAAGUUUGCUGACUUAUCUCUAGUUCUCUUCAGAUGUUUUAAAACAUGGGCCACAGUUUUCUUUAUCUGAGGAAUAUUUGCUGCUGCCGUAUUGAAACUGUGAAGAACUGACAUUUGAAGAAAAACAAAUUAUUGCUAUAGGACUGGAGUUGCAAGGAUGUUUUGAUCCAGUGUUUGUGUGUAUCUAGAACACUUGCUGUUCUGUGAAGCAGAAUGCAUUUAUCCGCAUUUAGUUUGUUAAUAUCUGAAAUGAAUAAAAAGGGGGAAAUUGUGAUUAAA